AUGUACGGUGUUUUGUGCGCAGGAUUAACGAUUACCGAUACUCCGUCGAAAACUUUUCAGUCGGUUAAUAAUACUUCAAACGUCAAACCAGCUGAUAAUAUUACAACCGUUGAGCCAACAACACCAACACCGACCGAGAUGCCCAUGCUCACCUGUUACUGCAAUCUGCCCGAGUGUUUGGUAGCCGCCGGGGGAGAUGGAACUUGCUCCACCCGGCUUGGCUGUUAUUCUGAAGUUCAACCCAUUAUUCCUGUAAUCGAAGAAGAAAUCAUGAUCCCGGUCAAAAACGAAUCAAUCAAAACCUCUAAUGGCUCAGCUGUUUCUCCAAUCAUUCCUGAAUUAGAAAAGACCCCGGUUUCUGUAACCAUCGGACAUCCAGCAACCAUCAGGGGAUCAUUUGGAUGUUUGGAUCAGUUAUACGUCGCAGUAUCAUAUUWAAUAUGUUAUGAUUUUCKUCAUGUUGUCGACGUAGUUGUUAUCGUCGUCGGGUCGUCCAUUAGAUCAGUGAUCUAUGUUGACAGUAUAAUAAUAUAUAAAUAUUGUUUUGUYGGUUUUGGGUGUGCAGUCGUGCCGGUCUUAAAGCAGAACCCUGACGACCAGGAGAAUAUUUCAGACUUCGACGAUGACAUCGCAGCCGAGAUUUUAUUARCAGUUGCUACCACCAAGUCACCUGCGAUAAUCACGCAGAUAGGUGCCGUGACCUAUCGUUCCACCCUGAACACGGACCCACAACACGGUGGCAUUCCGGAUUUUUCAUCACCCCCGGACCUGAAGAAGAAGACUAUUACUUCUAAAUCCUUCCCAUCGUCCGGGGAUAUAAGCAACAACAGCAACCACUUUAAAAUUCACACCGAUAACGACGACACUGACUUUAAUAAUAGAGUGCUCGGUAUAAUCUGCGCCAUAUUUGCCGGGAUAAUUAUCACCCURUCCGUGUUGUCGAUGUUGAUAAUUAGAAAUACCCUUAGCCAAACUAAUUUGAUCAGUAACUACAAAGGUGAGUGCAGCAACCCAGGCCAAUUGUGCGCAUGCAAAGGUGGAUUUACCAGGUGCAGACCACGCAGGCAGCCGUCCUCAUCCCAUCCCCGCGCCGCGGCCGCUGCUGUCAACCGCAACGACUCCACCGCGCCGUUAUUGCCGCCUGCCAAUCCUGGCCACAAGAGCCGCGGAUACAUGAAUCGCAGCAAAAUKAACCGCAGCCAAAUUAACCGCGGCCACGCCAACCCCGGUGCAUUUUACAACGACUCGAUGGGAGACACCACUUACGUUUUCACCCCCGUACCGGUGCAUAACAACGUGGCUCCGGUGAUGGUGGUCCGCCGUUAAGUUACGCGCUCCACUAUUGGUCGUUGUUCAAAGCCCCGCGCAGGAGAAGGUACMUAUAAUCAAAUUAUUAUUAUUAUAUACAGUA